UUGUUUUUUUUGUUUUUUUGGGUCUAGGUAAGAAAUUCAACAAAAUUCUUAUUAAUAAAAAGUACAAAAAUAAAAGAGAGAGAGUUAUCAGGAAAAUUUUGAAGGAAGAGGGAUUUAGAGAAAAAGAUAUUUGUUUUCCAUUUCUGAAUUGAACACUAAAGCGUGUACUAGUCGAGAGCUUGGUUUCGGUUGAAAUUCAUCAAGUCAGUGAUUAGACUUGAGUGAAUGAAGUUGGUUUAAACAGCAUGGAUGAUGAAGUGGGUGAGGAGGUGACCCCAUUUAACACAGCUGAGGGUGGGCACAUUCAAACCAAAGACGGUGAGUAUUUUCUGAAAUCUGAAAGCUGCAACAUGUUGGAACCCCAUGAAAUGCUCAUACCAGGUGAGGGCAACUAUUCCCAGAACCCGCAUCAGCAAUUUGCAGAAAUAUUAGAUGGUAAGAAUAUAAAUAGGUUUAAAAGCAUUGUAAAUGCUGUAGAAAACCCAUAUAGUGGCUCCCACUUAACGGGUGAUGCUGGUGAAACUGUGGAAGAGUUAACUGUAAGAAAUUGUGAUGGUUCAAAUUUAGCCAUAGUCGGUACAUCAACAAAUCUAGGAAGAAUACAGCCUAGGCAGAGUCAGUGGCAACAUCUAUACCAGUUAGCAAGUGGGUCAGGAAGUGGGAGUUCACAUGGUGAUACCGCAUACAGGGACAAUGGUCAACCUAUGUUAACAGGCAUGGAGGAUAGGGGUUACUCAUCAUUUCCCGAUGCUUUGGCUCAAAAACCCGAUGGUCAAAAUGAAUCUGCUGAAGAAUUGACCAAAGCUGAACAUAGAGGAGUUUUGAGUAGCACCCAUGGUGGUAUCAGGACAAAGAUUCUAUCCAAGUCAGGGUUUUCUGAAUUUUUUGUUAAAAGCACACUGAAGGGCAAGGGUAUCAUAUGUAAAGGCCCACAAGGGCCACAACAUGAUGGCCACCUUCUUGAGUCCGGAGACCAGAGGAGUACGAAGAUUGGUUCUGGUACUGUGGUAGCUUCUGCUACAUCACAAAGUCUAGAUGCCAAAGUUGUUACUCCACCUUCCUAUGGAGUGAAAGCUGCAAUCAGGAUUGGUGGUUCUGAUUGUGAUGGAGUCACUUUGAGGGAAUGGCUAAAAAUUGGCCACGCUAAAGUGAAUAAGUUUGAGCGCCUGUGCAUUUUUAAACAGAUUGUAGAUCUGGUGGAUUAUUCUUACUGUCAAGGAAUUGCCUUGUAUGACUUGCGUCCUUCUUAUUUGAAGUUGUUGCCUUCAAAUCAGGUAAAGUAUCUUGGAAGACUUGGAUCAACUGUCCAAAAGGAGAUGCUACAGUGCAUAAUGGAUCAAGAUGUUUCUCAAUUAGAGAAUAAUCUGAUUAGGAAAAGGCCAGUGGAACAGGGUUUUUUUCCAUCAGUUAGUUCAUGUGCAAAGAAGCAAAAGUUUCUCCAAAGCAAAAGACUUUUUAGGCAGUGGCCUCAGUUUCCAACAAGUUAUGGCUUUAAACUUGAAAAUGCAAAUUCAAUUAACGAAUUUGAUGAAGGUCACCUGAGUGCAACACAGAGGGCUGAGAGUAAGUUUGGCUGCCUUCUUGGGUCUAAUACAAGAGAGCAGAUGACUUCUUUAAGCGAGCAGUUGGAAGAAAAGUGGUAUGCUAGUCCUGAUGAACUCAGUGAGGGGAGCUGCACAAUUUUAUCAAAUAUCUACUCUCUUGGUGUUCUUCUUUUUGAGUUACUUGCGCGUUUUGAAUCUGAUAGCACACAUGCAACAGCUAUGUUGGAUUUGCGUCAGAGGAUUCUUCCUCCAGAUUUUCUAUCAGAAAAUUCUAAGGAAGCUGGGUUUUGUCUUUGGCUACUUCAUCCUGAACCAUCAUCACGGCCAACAACAAGGGAAAUCCUUCAAUCUGAAGUAGUCAAUGGAUUGCAGGAGGUUUGUGCUGAAGAAUUGUCAUCAUCUGUUGAUCAGGAUGACAUUGAAUCAGAAUUGUUAUUGCAUUUCCUUGUGACAUUAAAAGAACAAAAGCAGAAGGAUGCCUCAAAGUUAGUGGAAGACAUGAGAUGCUUAGAAGCAGAUAUUGAAGAAGUUGAGGGAAGGCAUUGUUCAAAAAAACCAUUGGCUCAUUCGAGCUUGCAUGAUGACUCCCUUCACGUUGAAAAGCAAAAUAUGUUCUUCCAUAAAGAGCCUUCAAGCUCAAAAUAUGUUUUUAAUACAAAUGAGUCGAAGUUAAGAAAUAAUAAUUGCCAGCUUGAAAGUGCUUACUUCUCCAUGAGAUCCAAAAUUCAGCUCCCUGAUACUGAUGCUACAACACGGUUAGAUAAAGAAUUAUUAAGAAACCGGGAGAAUUGGCAUUCAACACUAAAGGAUGAAGAGAAGCAGACUUCCACAGAUCGCUUGGGAGCCUUCUUUGAUGGUCUGUGCAAGUAUGCUCGUUAUACUAAGUUUGAAGUACGUGGAGUACUAAGAAAUGGGGAAUUUAAUAGUUCUUCGAAUGUAAUAUGCUCCUUGAGUUUCGAUAGGGAUGAAGACUACUUCGCAGCUGCUGGAGUCUCAAAGAAAAUAAAGAUAUUUGAGUUUAGUGCUCUCUUCAAUGAUUCUGUUGAUAUUCAUUACCCAGUGAUUGAGAUGUCGAACAAAUCAAAGCUCAGCUGUGUUAGCUGGAACAACUAUAUCAAAAACUAUCUUGCAUCAACUGAUUACGAUGGUGCAGUCAAGUUAUGGGAUGCAAGUACAGGUCAACCUUUUUCUCAAUACAAUGAGCAUGAAAAGAGAGCUUGGUCUGUCGACUUUUCGGUAGUGUGUCCCACAAAAUUAGCUAGUGGAAGUGAUGAUUGUUCAGUGAAAUUGUGGAGCAUUAAUGAGAAGAACUCUUUAAGCACAAUCAGGAACAUUGCAAAUGUAUGCUGCGUUCAGUUCUCUGCUCACUCCACUCAUUUACUGGCUUUUGGAUCUGCAGAUUAUAGAACCUAUUGCUAUGAUCUUCGAUAUGCUAAAACACCAUGGUGUACAUUGGCUGGCCAUGAUAAAGCUGUAAGUUAUGUGAAAUUCUUGGACUCUGAGACCCUUGUUUCUGCAUCCACUGACAACACAUUAAAGCUAUGGGAUCUCAACAAAAGCACUCAUAGUGGUCUUUCCACCAAUGCUUGCAGCCUGACCCUUAGUGGACAUACCAAUGAAAAGAACUUUGUGGGUUUAUCUGUUGCUGAUGGUUAUGUAGCCUGUGGUUCGGAAACUAAUGAGGUUUAUGCUUAUUAUAGAUCUUUACCUAUGCCAAUUACUUCUCACAAGUUUGGAUCUAUCGAUUCAUUUUCUGGAAAGGAGACUGAUGAUGAUAAUGGACAAUUCGUUUCUAGUGUCUGCUGGAGAGGGAAAUCAGACAUGCUUGUCGCUGCCAAUUCAAGUGGGUGUAUAAAAGUCUUACAGAUGGUUUAAGGAAAAGGUACUUAUUGAACUUCAAUUUAGGAGUCAUAGUCCUCUUCAUGCUCUCUGUUAACGUGCCGUACAGCCCAUCCUUAAGCUGAAUUUGUUUCGCAUGGUGAAACUGAGAGUGAGUUGGAAUGAAUGAACUGUCUGUGAAUAUAUAAGAUCUUGGAUUUGAGCCAUCCAUGUGAGAUAGGCUGUAGUCAUCUGCAAAUUGGGCAUAACUUCUGCACCAAGAUACUGAGAAGUGCCAGAUAAAUCUCUUAAUCAGAAGAUUGUGAUACGAGAGCACAUACCCAUUGGAUUCAAAACCAGGGUUUCACGUUGCCAUUAAUAGAGUAUGCUCGAGGACUGUUGGCGUUUUGUCAAAUGGACAUAAUCAAGAUUGUGAAAUCAGUUCAAGCAAGUUAUAGCUGAAAAUAGAAUUCUGGGAAGCAAGAACAGCAGUUUCAUGCAUCAAGUGAUCGAAGCUCAGAGAUUUACAGUACUAGUUUAACUGAUACAGAUUAGUUUUGCCAUCCGUUUUAGUUUCCAAUGGACUGGCAUUUGUAACCAAGCUGCUUAUUCUUAGGAGUUAAAGCAUUUUUAACAAUUUCACAAGAAAUUUCCUUGUAACUAAUUUCUGAUGUCUAAAUACAACGCAGCCAAUGUAAAUUCUUUGAGGUUUGAUUAAUAUGAUAAAUCUGUUUUGUUAAGGUAGAA